CAACCGUCGAUGUUCUGUGCUGCUGCCCCUGUAAAUGCACAACCGUCGCACCUGAUUCAAAGAACCAGAAAGCAGUCGAUUGCUCUAAUUAACUUGCCCUUGCACCCCCAUCCACAUUGAGCAUAAGGCGGUGAUGCAUGAUUAACUAUGAUAUGGAAUGCAUGCCGCUGUUCUAAGUUGAAGGAGAACUGGGAAGUGACUGCAACCAUCACCUCAUGAAUCGCGAUGAGGGGAUGGAGGGCCAGAAACAAUGCACGGUAUAUCGGUACGGUGUCGGCGAAAUGGAGCGGUAAUGGAAGGGAGGUUAAUUACCGUGAGAGCUUCUUUGAUCAUCCCUCCACCUGAACUUUCAAGCACCAUGAUAGUGAUGGAGUCACAGAGGACUUCUUCAGACACGGUGUGGAUGAACAGACCAGCAUCUGUGGCAUGCAAUGGACUGCGUUAUGGAUCUCCCACCUCUUCUCCCUCGCGUUUUCGGUUGGUUCUUUCUUCCAUGUCGAGGAGAUGAUGCAGAAGGAUCCCCUUCGAAUUCUGUGUCAAGACGGUCGACUGCGCUCUCCUGAUCAGAAAAGGAAUGAUUAGCGCAAAAGUCUGUAUCCCGAACACGAGCUCUCAGCUUGGCACACUCUACAUCCCGACUGCCCUUGCACUCGUGUAAUUGUCAAUCACUUGACGAAUGUUUUGCAACACUGUGGGAAGAAAUUGAUCAAAAGCGUUAGGCAAUCCACCUCGAAGGUC